CAGACCCGUCACCCCAGUAAACAAAGAAACGUCAGCUUCACACAAGGAAGCUCAAGUUUGCGCGAUCGUUCGAGGCACGUAAAUGCCAGGCCAUUUCCCCUGGUUUUCAAUCUCUUGGUUCUUCGUUAGCCCUUGGUGAGUAGCAUUCGGAGCUUCGUUGGUCUGGCAUUACCCCUCGCGUCCUCGCAGUCCUCAUAAACUUACAGCCCCACAGUAUUCCGCUUCGGAACGAUAGUCUCUAAACUUGACAGUUACCCCGCCGUUUUAAUCUGGCUCGUUGGUUCAGUCCUUGGCAGUGGAAAUCUGUUCGUUCAAACCAUUCUACAAUGAAUAAUCUGGACCGUCCGUUCGCUGUGUCGAUGGUGCACGCCGCAAAUCCGAGCGCGAUAGCACUUGUGCUGUCAAGUUCAGCCGGACAAGAGAGCAACAUACCGCCAUUAGUAUCCAUGCCCUCAGCACCAGCAGCCGUAUCAGCCGCACCAGCCGCACCAGCCGCACCAGCCGCACGAGCAGCACCAGCAUCACCAGCACCACCGGUAGCAGACCGUUCCUCGUCUUCUCUUACCGCCGUUCCCAUCUCAUGGCCACAGUCCUUUCUUAACGCGGAAGAUCCCCAACCGUCGGAUUAUAGCAGAGCAGCGUCUAGGCCAUCUAGCGAAGGCAGCGGACUUGCUGUGGAGGCGGAGAAGGAGAAGGUGGAAGAGGAAGAGAAGGAAGAGAGGGAGGGGUUGCUUUGUGGUACCAACACGCGGCAGCAGGAAGGGCAGGGAGGAGAAGGAGGAGACGGAGGAGGAGGAGGAGGAGGAGGAGGAGGAGGAGGAGCAGGAGAAGGAGCGUGGGGAGGAGUAUUUCCGGCUAAGUGUCAAGAUCAGCCGGAUCGGCUGCGUGAGCAGCCAUCGCUGCGGGAUCGAGGAGUGCAUGUGGAGCAAGGGGGCGAAGUCGGACGGCAGAUACAGGCAGAGCAGGGUCGACUGCAGCAUAUGGCGGAGGAGGACGAGGAGGAAGAGCAGCAGAAGCAAAACCAGGAUCAGCAACAGCGGCAGCAGCCGCGGCGGCGGCGGCCGCACCUCCGCGCGGCGAUCAACGGCAGCACAAGCUGCCGGCCGGCCCCGGCCGCGCCGAGAUUCGUGCGCCCGGGCGCAAUCAAGCACAAGCUUGAGAGCAAAACCCUGGCAACCAAGCGCCCCCGCCCCAGCUCCGCACGCUCGCUCACCCCGCUCUCCCCCAAUCCCCCCUCAGCCCUAGUUCCGCGGAGAGGCGCGCGCGCGCGUGCGCCCCCGGGGGGAGCCCUCGCUCCGCUCUCCCUUGCACUUUCCGCGCCGACCCCCCGACUGGCGGGCAGUUUGAGGUCACGGGGGACCGUCGCCGCUGUUCCGCUUUCGGACUGGCAGGUUGCGCAAACGGCUUGGCCGGCUCCGCGCGCGGGCGUUGGCGUGUUAGCGUCAGUUUUAGCCGAUUCCGUUAUUAUAGCGAAUGUUCCUGAUGUAACCAACACUGUUAUGGCGGAUGAUCCUCCAGCAGCAGCAGCAGCAGCAGCAGUGGCACCAGCAGCAGCAUCAGCAGCAGCGGCAGCAGCAGGAGCGGCGGCGGCGGAUCUGUCGCUACUGCGCGCCCCGCCCGCCGUGUUCCGCGGGCCGUGCGCCUCCUGCCCCGUCAACAAGCACCGCCGAAAGCUCUACGCCGCUCCGCCCUGCUUGCGAUUCUGCGCGACUCCGGCGCCGGCGACUCCGGCGACUCCGGCGACUCCGGCGACUCCGGCGACGCAGAUCGCUGUGGUCGAGGCGACGGACGAGCAGGCCAUGGGGAGAGAGGAGGGGGGAGUCCGCGGGACUUGGAACGAAGCCCCUGGGCGAGAGAGUGACGGAGAUAUUAGCCGAGGGAGUGGCGAGGAGGCGGACAGGGAAACGGGGGGUGGAGAGUCGGGGGACGGAGUGACUGAUGCGAAUGGAGAGGCGGAUCGCGAGGAGGCGGAUGUGCGGCAACUGACGGUUGUCGAACCGGAAGCAAGGCAGGAAAGGCUGGAGGCGGAAAGGCAGCAGGACGGAAUGCGGCAGCUGAGGAUAAGCAGAGAAGAGAGAGCUGGAGGAGAGAUCAACGGGCAACUGGCGCGCGAAGGGGGCAACAGCAGUCCUAGUCGUAUAGACAAUCCCAUACCUACCUCCAUCGAUGGCACUAUAAACACCCCUAGAAGUAGCUUUAUAGCUUCCCCGUCCUCCGUAACCCCUGUCGCCCCGCCCUCCCCGUCGUUAACCCUCUCCCCUUCCCCCGCGCUCCUCCCGUCACCCGCCAUGCCCCACUCACGCUCUGCUCACCGUGCGCCUUCCGCCAUCCCGCCCCUCCCCGCAAGCCUACCCCACCUAACCGCGGGGUUGCCCCCUUUAUCUGGGAGGCCUUUUUCCUCCCCGGAACCGCGCACCCCCCCCGCCGUUCCGCGCCUGCGCUUGCAGCGCACUCCGCGGAGCCUGUUUGGGCGGAGAAUAGGCAUGGCGCAUGGGCAGGUGCAGGGGCAGGACGCGCGUUUCGGGGGGGCGGACUGGGAGGGGGAGAGGGAAGCAGCGGAGGCAGGGAUGCGGAGUUUGAGUGUUGGGGGAAAGGGAGAACGGGCGGAAGGGUUCGGGUUUAUGUACCUGCCUCAAGAUAUCGUGAUCCGAAUCAUCUGUUGCCUAAGGCAUCACGAGCUCUCGUCUCUCCUCCUCACCUCUAAAGCCAUCAGCUAUGCAGUGCUCACUGCGCGCGCCAUCCAUUUUGACUUCACAACUCCGGACGUGGACAGGAGGGGGGCCAGGGGGCGGCAUUCCCGGGGGCUGCGCUGGGGAAGGGGGGGCGGUGUGAGGCAGCAUGCACAGGGAGGAGUGAGGGUGAUGAGGGUGGUGGAGCGCCGGGAGAGUCCGCACAGCAUCAAUGUCGCACACACAAGCAAUCCCAUUCACGCGCCGCCUGCUGCUCCUCCUGCUCCUCCUGUUGCUGCUGUUGCUCCUCCUCCUGCUGCUGCUGUUGCUGCGCCUGCCCAACCAGACAUGCCUAUGCAUGCAGGCUUGGGUAUGCCUACAGAGACUUGUGCACAUGUCCAGGCAGGUGCACAUGGGACGGGCACGCCAUGUGGAUCCAUCUCCGACGCGGGGUUUUCUUCGGGGGGGAGCAAGUGCGUUGAUGGGGGGGGUAGCAGCAGAAGCAGCAGCAAGAGCAGCUGCAGGAGCAGCAGCAGCAAUAGCAGUGCUGGUAUCAGAACCACGAACGUCCAUGGUGCCAGCAGCAGCAACAGCAACGGCAGUAGCAGCAGUAACGCAAGCAACAGAAAUAUCUGCGGUGAUAGAAAGGAGAAGAGGGGGGAGGGAGGAGGGAUCAACAAGAAAGAAGGGAGCAACAGGGGAGACAGGGAAAGUGUUGGAGGGGGGGUUGAAGGGCGCGAACAUGGAGGAGAAGGGAUUGAAGUUGGUGCGAGGGUUGUGAGUUUCACGGGGGGAGUGUGUAUGGAGGAGGAUAAGCAGGAAGAAGUCUAUAAGGGUAUGGAAGAGGGGCUUGGCUCCUUGGUACUCAAGCGUGAUGGUGAGCCGAAAGAUAAACACGGCUUUCACGAUUUAAAGCAGGUGUUAGGGGGGCAGCAGCAGCAGCAGCAGCAGCAGCAGCAGCAGGGGCAGCAGGGGCAGCAGGGGCAGCAGCAGCAGCAGGAGGAGCAGGAGGAAGAGGAGUAUGAGUUGCACGCCCCACUUGUGCCCCCUCCUCUCCCGCCACACCCCGGCCCUUCCUCGCGAUUGCUCAACCCAGCAGUGAGUGCGGAACAGGUGAGACAAGUCACGGCUGUCCUUUUCCCCUCGCCUGCUGCUGCUGCAGCUGCUGCUCCUGCUGCUGCUGGUACAGCCAAUCGCUGGCAACUAAGUGUGCUGGAAGAGAGCCAGCAGCAGCAGCAGCAGGAUCAGAGUGGUGGAGAGGAGUUGAGAGGGGCGGAGGAUGUAAUGAUGCUACCAUCAGCAUCUGCAUCGGCAUCUUCAUCCGCAUCAGCUUCGUCCCACCGUGCUCUCUUCCCAGCUGCGCCACCUGCUGGUCAUGCUAUCCUUGAGGCAGGUGCAGUUAGGUAGUGGUGGUGGUGGCCUCUUGCUUUCUCUGUGGAUGUACGAACGGGCUAGUAGGUCUCUACUCUACUCAUGUAACACCAAGGAAUCGUGGUAGAAUGUUCACUUGAUCUAAUUAAUUAACACUACGAAAUAAG